AUGUUAGAGCAGAGCUCCAAAGUACUCGCUUAUCCAGCAUCUACGGAAAGAGAUAUCAUUAGUCUGAACAACUGGGUGGAAGGAACUUCAUGCCUGGCAAGACAGGAUUCCUCAUAUCUUGAUCACAAAGACGAUCUCAUGAACCUUACUGGUCCUGUAGACAAUGCGAUCACACGUACCGAGUCGGUAGUUGAGGAUUCCAUGUUUGGGCUGCGUUAUUACCUUCUCAGAGUACGUGCCAACCCCAGGCAACCCCAGUCUUGUUCCCAUGUAUCUACUAAAAUGCAUCCCAAGUAUACUCCACUGUCAAAAAUGAAGCAAACCCAAAAUUUUACUGGAGAUGAACACAUCCUUCUCCUUGGUCCUAAAUGGCGCAGGUUUUGUCGCGAUAUAACGACUUGGCUGGCAACCAUGGUCUUGAUCAUCCCAGUAGUUUUACUGGACAAUAUAGCAAGUUCAACCGGAAGAUUGAUUACAAUUGUAAUAUCUUCAGGCUUCUUUCUUUCGGUACUCUCGUUGCUGACGGAAGCGUCCACUGUGGACAUCUUUAUUCCUGGUGCAAGGUAAGCUUGAAUUGAGAUGCGUUCAACUGAGUACUAAACUUUGAGUAGUUAUACAGCUGUCUUAGCAGUAUUCGCCUCUAAUAAUAUCAGCACAACAAUGAUCAAAGCGGAUUAG